AACAUUCAAGUGUUGCUUUAGCAAGUCCUGGAGUUUGCAAGGGAAAGGCAAGUCAGCAAGGUUGUAUCAUUUGAGCCAAUGGGAGGCUAACUUCUUAGUGAAAAUUUUUGCUCUUCAGUGGUUUGGAGUGAAUUUUCUGCAAGAUUAAUUGGUCAGGUUCAUCUUGGAGACAAAUGGGCCAAAUCAAUGUUAUUUUGCUGAGAACAGUGGUGUGACACCAAGAAUCAACCUGGUCCUGUGCCAUUUAUAUACUAUACGAUUUGAUCCACUUAAAUUUUUAUUUCUAUUGAAAGAGCUCAAAUUAUUUACCCUGAAAAGGAAGGAUGUAGAUGUAUCAUUAUUGCCUGUUUCUAACCUGUCAUUGAGGCAGGUUUCCAUAUGAACAGAAACAAAGACUUGCAAGCACGAUGCUCCACCUUAUAAAGAAAUCUCUUUCCUUCAACAAUUCUGGUCACUUUCUGCAAACACGCAUGAGCUGAUCAGGUUACAAUGGAAGUUAUAGACAGGAGUGGCAGGUAUCACUUGGCUCACUGCCUCUGCUUCAUAGUUCAGCUUUUUGUACCGUCAAGAGUAUGCAAGACUCUGCCCAAUAUCCAAGCAAGGCAUUCAUGUUAGGACGAAGGUGGUAAAGCAACUUGUGUGCACACAUGCAUCUAUUUAAGAUGACUUCAAGCACAGGAGCUGUUAUGCUUGGACAUACAAAGUGAUGUAGGUCCUGACAUACUCUAGGCAGCUCCCUGAGAGACGAUGUUUCGGCGAGGGUUGACUGCAUGGCUUCCUCGGUUGGCUGGCCUGCUUGUUGCUGUCUUCUGUGCUGUAUCCCUUGUCUACAUGUUGGCCUGUACACCAAAGGGAGAUGAUGAACAGCUGGCAUUCCCUUGGGCCAACAGCCCCACAGGCAAGGAGGGUUACCAGGCUAUGCUGCAGGAGCGAGAAGAGCAGCACCGCAAUUAUAUCAACAGCCUGAAGAAGCAAAUUGCACAGCUGAAAGAUGAGCUCCAGGAGCGGAGCGAGCAGCUGAAGAAUGUGCAGGACCACUACACUGACUCACUGGGUGUGGGGCUGGAUCGCAGCAACCCUGAGAAAACCCAGACUGAUCUGCUGGCAUUCCUGCAUUCCCAGAUUGACAAAGCAGAGGUGCAUGCAGGCGUGAAGCUGUCCACAGAGUAUGCAGCUGUGCCCUUUGAGAGCUUUACUCUGCAGAAGGUGUACCAGCUGGAGACAGGACUGACACGCCACCCUGAGGAGAAGCCUGUGAGAAAGGACAAGCGAGAUGAGCUUGUGGAGGCCAUUGACUUGGCACUGGAGACUUUAAAUAGCCCAGAGGGUGACACCAAUACAAAACAUCGUCUGUAUGCAGCUUCUGACUUCAUUGAAGGCAUCUACCGAACAGAAAAAGACAAAGGCACGUUGUAUGAGCUGACUUUCAAAGGUGACAGGAAACAUGAAUUCAAACGAAUUGUUUUAUUUAGACCAUUUGGUCCUGUCAUGAAAGUAAAGAAUGAAAACAUCAACAUGGCCAACACACUCAUUAACGUCAUAGUUCCAUUGGCCAAAAGAACCAGCAAGUUCCGACAAUUUAUGCAAAAUUUUAGGGAAAUGGGCAUUCAGCAAGAUGGGAAAAUUCACCUCACUGUGGUUUACUUUGGAAAAGAGCAAAUGAAUGAGGUGAAAGCAAUAUUGGAAAACACCUCCAGAUCAGCUAACUUCAAGAAUUUCACCUUCAUCCAACUGAACGAAGAAUUCUCAAGAGGCAAAGGAUUAGACAUAGGGGCUCGAGUUUGGAAAGGAAACAAUGUUGUUCUCUUUUUUUGUGAUGUGGAUAUAUAUUUCACAGCUGAAUUUCUCAACACCUGUAGACUGAACACACAGCCAGGGAAGAAAGUGUUUUAUCCAGUUCUUUUCAGCCAAUAUAACCCAGGUAUAAUUUAUGGGCACCACGAUUCUAUUCCACCCUUAGAACAGCAGCUGGUUAUAAAAAAGGAAACUGGAUUUUGGAGAGACUUUGGGUUUGGAAUGACUUGCCAGUACAGGUCUGAUUUUAUCAACAUAGGUGGUUUUGAUCUGGAUAUCAAAGGCUGGGGAGGAGAAGAUGUGCAUCUGUACCGCAAAUACCUCCACAGCAACCUCAUUGUGGUCAGAACGCCUGUGCGGGGCCUCUUCCAUCUCUGGCAUGAAAAGCGGUGCUUGGAUGAACUGACCCCAGAACAGUACAAGAUGUGUAUGCAAUCCAAGGCCAUGAAUGAGGCCUCCCAUGGCCAGCUGGGGAUGCUUGUCUUUAGACAUGAGAUAGAGGCUCACCUACGCAAACAGAAACAAAAAGUGAUCAGUAAAAAGACAUGAGCCCAGAAAGGUGGGGUUUUUUUGAAGUUUCAAAGCAGCUGCUUCAAUAGAAAAGGUGACAGAGUUAAAAAGUUGGUGCUGGCAGCAGGAAGAGGUGAGGAAAUGCGUAUACUUCCUUUCCUGUCUUAUGACAGCUUGCCAGUUUUCCAUUUAUCCUGCUUUCCUGCACUGGCUCCUGCUAUGGAGUUGACAACAAAGGCAAGAGAUGAUCUUGAGAAUCAAGGUUGCAGAGAUCAGUAGCUUGCAUCUGAUACUUGCAUGACAUGUGCAGCAACAAAAGAAUUUGCAUUUCAUUGAAAUAUUCUUGCUUGACGACAGCAGCCCUGAUUCUAUGAAGACAUGGGUCCACCUCUAACAUACCUUGGGUGUAAAUGUCUGUAAACACUAAAAGGGGCUUGAGUUUUAGAAAAUGUGCAGAGCACCUGCCCUUGGGGGUUGGGCAGGGGAGGGGGAAGAAUCACUCUAAAGUCACAAAAGUGAAGAUAGCCCCAAACCAUAGUCACUUUUGAGAAUUUGAGACUGGUGCUCUUAAUGUUGGAUAGUAGAGGCAUUCACAUUUAGUUUCAUAGAGAUAAGUUUCUCAGACAACGCUUUCUAGAACCCAGGAAGAUUUCACAAUAAAAUGUGAAAUUCCAAAUACUGGAGCAUACUGUUAUACUCCACUAUCGUAUUAAACCAAAAAAUGUCAAGCCAUAUCUUGGAACUUUUAUCCAGACUAAACUGGUACUAUGUGUUCUGUUCUACAUGCUCAUUUUUUUGUCUUUUUUUUGUGAGCUUUUUUGCUUGUGAAUUCUUUUGUGCGUAUUUAAGUUUUCUACUUCAGGCCUUAUUAAGAAAUAGCACAACUUCAAGGAUAUUUUGAAAGUAGUUUGUAUCCAAAUGUGUCUCUUGCUAGGCAUCUGUCCUGCAGCUGAAAUGCGCACUUUGCUUCUGAUAUAUUGAUAGAGAUUCACUGAUUGGAAGCAGAGUGCUCUUAAUACAGCACCUGGGCACUGGAAAAGAAGGAGAAAACUUUCCAUUCUCAGAAAAGGAAAUGAAUACCAUUUUGUGAUCUUGAUUUAGCAAGAGAUUUUAAAUUAGGAAUGUUAUAGAUGGCAAAAUGAAUGAGGGAUCACAUUGUGACUUGUUUAUACCAAAGUAUUCAGUAUAAACCAAAUGUAAUGUCUUUCUCAAGUCAUAGUAGGCUUAAUUUCUUUUUUUUAAAUUAAUAUGAAAAAUGUUUUUGUGAAAGAAUUUAGAGCCUGUUAUCUUAGAUCCUCUGACAGUGUUCCUAAGUACUUCCAAGAAACUGGUAUACUUUUUAAUAUUUUUUGAUUGACAAUUUCCUACUGCAUUGUUAAAAUGUCCUAUUACUAUUAUAAAUAUUGUUUGAACGCUGUCUGCUGUGUCUUUCUGGUUCUAAUAUUUAUUAGUCAAAAACCGGGUGCUUCGGGUAGCUAUCUGCUUGCUUAUUUAUCUUCUGUUUGACUCUGAUCUCAUUGUUUGUUAGCUUCUGAUUCAUUCAGGACAUUGGGAAACACACCUGCAUUGUAACGAUGUGAUAUUGUUAUCCUGUAGAAAGUCAGGUGAAGGAAAAUGCAAGAUAGCACUGAACAAUGAAUAAAAUAUGAUUUAUACUGA